UCUUGAGUGCAGGAACCAUUCCACCGUGUCUGUGUCCGAGGCCCUGGCCGGGCAGGUAGCACCUGAGGAAAGCUUGCGGAGAGGUGGCACGCGCAGAGCCUACCUAUCGCGGUCAAGUUCAGCUAGUGCCCUAACCAGCAAGUGGUGGAAUCAUCACCAGUUUCCGGAUGAAAAACUGAGGCCCAGAGAGGCUCGACGAUUUCUGUGAAGCUCUGAAGCCCAGGCGUUUCCCGGGCCACCAGGUCGUCCCUGGCCACAGCGGGUUGCCCAGAGAUGAGCGCCUUGACGGACGGAGGGGGGCGGGGGCCGCGGUUGCUUUAAAGCGCCCGGGCCGGGCGGCGCGGGGCGGGGCGCUGUCGGAACCGCGGGGCGCAGGGCGCAGCGGCCAGAGAGGGGUCCCCGGAAGCGCCAGCCGGGCGGGCACGGCGGGGCGCCUCCACCUGGGGCGGGGAGGGAGCGGUGGUAGGUCCCCGCCCGGCGGGGGGGGGGGCGCCGUACGGGGGUGCAGAGUGGCCCGCGUCGCCGCGGAGAUGGCGCGGCACGUGCGGUGACGGUGCCCGCGCCCCGAGGGUCCCAGCCUCGCGUCCCGCGUCCCCGGGCGACCAUGGAGCGCCCGGAGCCCGAGCUGAUCCGGCAGAGCUGGCGGGCGGUGAGCCGCAGCCCGCUGGAGCACGGCACCGUACUGUUCGCCAGGCUGUUUGACCUGGAGCCUGAUCUGCUGCCACUCUUCCAGUAUAACUGCCGCCAGUUCUCCAGCCCGGAGGACUGCCUGUCAUCCCCCGAGUUCCUGGACCACAUCAGGAAGGUGAUGCUCGUGAUUGACACUGCAGUGACCAAUGUAGAGGAUCUGUCCUCGCUGGAGGACUACCUUGCCAGCCUGGGCAAGAAGCACCGUGCAGUGGGUGUGAAGCUCAGCUCCUUCUCGACGGUGGGGGAGUCCCUGCUCUACAUGUUGGAGAAGUGCCUGGGCCCUGCGUUCACACCAGCUAUGCGGGCCGCCUGGAGCCAGCUCUACGGGGCCGUGGUGCAGGCCAUGAGUCGAGGCUGGGAUGGCGAAUAAGAGGCGCGGCCCCUGGGGGGCCCCCCCUGGCGGCUGCCCUCUGUUUGUGUCUGCCUGUUCCUCUGUGUCUGUGGUAGCCCAGGCUCCCUUAGGCCUCCCUGCAUCUUGGUCCUUAUCCCCUUGGCUGUCCUGGGAGGUGACAGAGCAGGACUGGGUCUCUGUCCCCCUCACCUCCAACUGUAGAUGGGGGUGGCUUUUCCUUCCACAAGGGGAUUUCCCUGCACCCCUAGUAGCCUCUUCCUUGCCUGCCUUCUUUCCCUCUGGCAUCCCCUUCUCCACUAGGAGAAGAGCAGUGUUUGGUCACAGACAUGGCGUGGGGCUGGGAAGGUGGAGAGAUCUGAUAGCGCGGGUGCUCGUCAGCCGCCCUCGUCUGGCGGGCCUAGGCCAAGCAGGGGAGUGCUGGG